AUGUGGUGCUCCCACCAUAAAGGUCCAGGGGCCCCUCCAGGGUUCUCUCCGCGUGAGGAGAUUCACCACAGGCCACCCGCCACCAGAGGCCUUCUGCCACCUCCCCACGCUGUGGAGGGCCAGGGAGUCUGCACCCCCAGCCUUGGAGGGAAAUCCUCAUGGGACCUGAACCCUGCAGCCUACAGACCGCUCAGCCUUACCAUCGUCCUUGUCCAAGACUGUCCUUUGCCAUCCUUGUCUCAGCGCCUGGCCGCCCGGCCCCCAGCUGGCGUCAGACGCUCCAGAUCUUGGUUUUCAAUAAAGUCCCAGUUUCUACUUCUGCAUGCCACCGUGCAAGGUCACUCAUCACUCUUCUUACAGAAGCCUCUGGACACGGAGCUUGAUGGGGUUGAAAAUGUUGUAUGUAAAUAUUCAUUUGGUUUUUGA